AUGGGGCAGGAUUACUACGCCGUGCUGGAGCUGAGCCACACCGCCACGGAUGCCGACAUUAAGAAGGCAAAACUCACUAAAUGUUCACCUUGUGAUUAUGUGUUACAGGUGCUGUGCUUGAAAAGGGGAACAUUGCUAAAGCAAGUGUUUGCUCUCAGCCGAGCAGCAACACCCAGAGAAAGUUGUCUGUGUGCUGCAGGUGAUGCACUUGUGAGUUACCACAGACACUACAAAUCCCGUCCUACACAUGGCAUUGGGAAGUAUAAACAUCUGCUCCCAAAGGAGGUUCCAAAGAGAAAAAGAGACAGAGUACAGAUGAAAGAGAUAAAUGUUGGGACUGAACACGAGUAUGGAGAUAUUAACAUCCAGAUGACUUCCUAUGAUAUGUGUCUCGUGGAGCAUUUUGCUCAAUAUGUGCAUAAACUCUGCAACCACUUGUCCAUUAGAGUGAAUGAAAGCUACGCGAUGCCCACCAAAACCAACGAAGUGCUGUUCUUGGAAGAGCGAGGCUCCAAAAUGCAGCUGGAUGCAGUCCUCACCACCCACCAGAGGGUUGUCCAGAUCAGCAGAUUGAGCUCAACGUUUGCUCCAAUAUUCUUGGAAAUUAUUCAGAGCAAUCAGCCUGAAGGGGUCCAUCUGUUAAUGAAAGAGGUAUGCUUAAUUUUACCUGUGUGUUUGCAUUUUGAAGGCAGGUGUGAUGCAUGAUGUGAAUUUGCUUUG